AUGAAGAUCGAAUACUCCCUUCUUACUUUGCUGUCUGCCUCGCUGGUGACAGCAGCUCCAGCACCAUUUGUCGUCACGGACCCAGUCGUCGCUAGUGGGACUGAGAAUGUUGCCAUACCCGUCACUGGACUUGAUCGACGACAGGAGGUUUCCGUCUAUGGCCUUCGCAAGCGUACACUCGAACUUCGCAAUGCCCUCUUGGCUGCUCGUGGAGGUCAGCGUCAGAACCAGGCUUCUGGCGACAAUGACGAGGAUGACGCUGAAGACGCUCAAGAGGAUGCUGCUGAAGGCGAGCAAGCCGUAGGAAAGGGUAAGGGCAAAGGCAAUAACGAACAGGCUGCAGCACUGCCAACGCCACCGGAAACUCCCGCGGCUCCAGGCAAUGCUACUGAGCCCGCCGGCAAGGGAAAAGGGAAGGGCAAGGGUGCUGCUGAAGAGGCUGCUGUAGCACCACCAACACCGCCGGAAGCUCUCGCCGCCCUAGGCAAUGCUACCGAAUCCGCCGGUAACGGCAAAGGCACCGCAGAAGAGGCUGCUGCGCCACCUGCACCACCAGCUGCAGCCAAUGUCACCGAACCAGCCGGCAGCAAAGGAAAAGGGAAGGGAGAAGGAGAGGGCAGGGGUAAAGCAAACCAGGAGGGUGUCGCUGCCGACCAGGAGUACAUUCUGCUCGGAGCCGAACAGGCCGGCGGUAAUGCAGCGGCUGAGCAGCAACAACAAGCAGCAGAUGCCAAGCAGCAGCAAGAGGCAGCCCUCACCGAACAACAGCAACAGCAGCAGCAAGAGGAACAGGCUCAAGGUGCUGAUCCUGCCGCCGAGCAGGCACAGAAUGCACACGAGCAACAGGCUGCACAAGACCGGGCCGCCGCUGAUCAAGCUGCUGCCGAUCAGGCUGCAAAGGACCAGGCCGCGAAGGACCAAGCUGCACAGGAUCAGGCGGCUGCUGACCAGAAGGCUGCUCAAGCGGAACAAGACGCCCAACAGCAAGCCAAGCAGGAAGCCAAGCAACAGGCCAAACAGCAAGAAGCAGAAGCAAAGCAAGCCGAACAAGAGCAGAAGGCGGCCCAACAAGAAGCAAAGCAACAGCAAGACCAAGCCGCACAACUCCAAAACCAAGCCGAGCAAGACGCAAAGCAGGCCCAGAAGGACGCUGAGCGCGCCGCAAAGGACCAGCAGAAGGCUGCCGAAGAGCAGCAGAAAGCCCAACAAGCGAUCGACCAAGCGCAGCAAGAACUCGACCAGGCCAAGCAGCAGCAGGGUCAACAAGCUGCUGCGGGCAAUGCUUCUGAGAUUGUGGGUGGUGGCGCUGUGGCAAAUCAGACUGGUGCCGCUGGCAAUGGUACGGAGGCUGGGAAUGGGCAGCAAGAACAGGGUAAUGGGAGAGGAAGCGGGAAUGGUAAUGGUCACGGCAAAGGAGAAGGCAAAGGCCAGAACCAAGCCGCAGAAGAGGCACUUCAAGCUGGCGGUCAGAAGCAGCAAGAAGGUGGUGGCCUCAACAUCGGCGGCAUCUUGAGCAGUCUGCUCGGUGGUGUGGGCGCUGAUGCAGGUGCUGGGGCCGGUGCUGGUGCUGGUGGACUGGCUGACCUGCUCGGAGGACUUGGGGACGGUGCUACUCCAGGCAGCGAAGGCCAGGGUGCCGCUAGCGCUGGCGGUUUGACUAGCCUGCUUGGAGGAUUGGGAGGUGGUGCUGGCGCUGGCGCAGAGGGUCAAGGUCAGGGCUAG